AUGAAAGUCUCACUUCUCAGCACAAACCUAAUCGCAACCUGGUCCUGGCAACUCCCCACCCCAGACGCCGACGACCUCUGCGGCAUAUGUCGAGUCGCCUUCGACGGAACAUGCCCAACCUGCCGCCAACCAGGCGACCCCUGCCCGCUCCUGAUCGGCAAAUGCCAGCACUCCUUCCACAUGCAUUGCCUGAUCAUGUGGGUCCAACAAGAGAGCAGUCGGGGAUUGUGUCCGAUGUGUAGGCGGAAGUUUGAGUGGCGGAAAGAGGAGAAUGAGAGUGCGCGGCGGGGUGGGAUGCCGGGGGGUUUGGGUGGGAAUGGGGUUGAGGAGGGUGGUGGUGGGGAGGGGGAAGAGGUUGUGGAGGAGGUGUUGGAGGUGGUGACCAUUGAGGAGGAGGUUGUGGAUGAGGGUGAAGAUGGGGCUGAGGAGGGUGCUGGUGGGCAGGGAGCGGGGACGGGGAGGGAGACGCGGACGAGAUGA